AUGUGGGGAGAGGAGGAUCGGCAAGUUUCGGUAACCCACAUAUUAUAUAGUCCUGAUGACCAGGUUCGAAGCAAGCACACAGUGCGGAUGCAGCCUGAGAAGGUAGGCCGGUGCCUGAGUGAAGAUGGAGCGCGCCGCACCCGUGUCAGCACCUUAUCGCUUGCAAGAAUCCGAUCAUUUGAAGAGCUGAUCUGCCCGCUGAGCUUGGGUUUACAAAUGCAGGUAGACGUGGCCGAAGGGCAACCCUGGUCUAUAAUACAGAAGAUUGUGUGCUUGCGACGAUUCGCACAUAGGCCUCCCCGCAGACCUAAAGAGACUAUCGAACCAAGCCAAAUUACCUGCUUUCGGAGCGCGUUGCCGCAUACGAAUAUCUGUGCUGCAAGAAGAAGUAAGCGCGCAACAGCUCUCAAGAAAGGAUCAGGAAAGAAGGUAGCCGUAUGUGGGCCGUAUCGAAUGAUUCGGGGUUGGGAGGCGGCUCGUGCUGCUGCUCCCUGGCUCGUCACCGCGUCGCUUGGCGUGACUUUGGAUCAUGACUUGCAGGUGGAAAGCAUUGCCGACGUGUUAUACAUCGAACUUCUUCAGCAAGAUGUUUGA